AUGGCACCCGAAGUUCUUCGAAAUGAGCAAGCAGAUGAAAGGUCGGAUAUAUAUAGCUAUGGUGUGGUACUAUGGGAAAUUACCACAGAGAAGAUCCCUUGGGAUGGACUCAACUCAAUGCAGGUGAUGGAAGCUGUAGGAGUCAUGAAUCAAGGGUUAGAUAUUCCAAAAGAUGUGGAUCCACAAUGGGCUUCUCUUAUUCAAAGAUGUUUGUGCAGUGAACCACAGUCGAGGCCAACAUUCAAAGAGAUACUAGAAGAGCUACACCACUUGGACAUGCGGUUCAAGUUCAUGCCACCACUACAUGAGGACUCAAAGAGCAGUAAGGAAUUGAAAAUUAUGUGA